CGCGCGUCGCAGCCGCUGCAGAACGGCGCCCAGAAGCCGGCCAACGACGAGCCGGAUGUGGAGAUCGAGUACGUGUCGGACGCGCCCGAGCUGGACGUGGCCGACCCGCUGUACCGUCAGUUCGCGCACAUCUUCGAGACGUUCCGCAUCAGCGAGCCGACGCCGUCGGCAGCGGAUGCGGGCGGCGCUUCGGCGCCGACCGCCGAGGCCGAGCAGCAGCCGCAGCAGCCGCAGGACCUCAAGAAGGUGCCCAAGCUGCUGGACGGCGACGACGACAGCGAUGAGGAGGGCGAAAAUGCCGACCACCCCAAGCUGUCGAAGCGCAAGCUGAAGAAGAUGACGCGCAUGUCGAUUGCGGCGUUGAAGCAGCAGGUGGCGCGGCCGGACGUGGUGGAGAUGCAUGAUGUCACGUCAAAGGACCCGCUGCUGCUGGUGGCGCUCAAGAGCACACGCAACUCGGUGCCUGUGCCGCGUCACUGGUGCUUCAAGAGGAAGUAUCUGCAAGGCAAGCGGGGUAUUGAGAAGCCGCCGUUCGACCUGCCCGAGUUUAUCAAGAAGACCGGCAUCAUGGAGAUGCGGCAGGCGCUCGCCGAGAAGGAGGAAGCCAAGAACAUGAAGGCCAAGAUGCGAGAGAAGGUCAGGCCCAAGAUGGGCAAAAUUGACAUCGACUACCAGAAGCUGCAUGACGCGUUCUUCAAAUGGCAGACCAAGCCGCGUAUGACCAUUCACGGCGAUCUGUACUACGAGGGCAAGGAGUUUGAGACUCGCCUGAAGGAGAAGAAGCCGGGGGACUUCUCCGACGACCUGCGCACGGCGCUGGGCAUGCCCGUCGGAGCCAACUGCAACAAGAUCCCACCGCCGUGGUUGAUCGCCAUGCAGAGGUACGGGCCGCCGCCCAGCUACCCGAAUCUGAAGAUCGCCGGUCUGAACGCGCCCAUCCCUGACGGCUGCAGCUUCGGCUACCACGCCGGCGGCUGGGGCAAGCCGCCUGUCGACGAGCACGGCAAGCCGCUCUACGGCGACGUGUUCGGCGUCCAGGGCAAGGACUUCGACGCGCCGUCCGCUGACGAGGAGGUGGAGCGCACGCUCUGGGGCGAGCUGGAGUCCGAGUCCGAGGAGUCCGAGUCCGAGGAGGAGUCGGAGGAGGAGGAGGCUGAGGGCGUGGAGGAGUCGGGCCUGGUGACACCGGCCGAAGGUCUCAUCACACCCUCCGGCGUCACCAGCAUCCCGGCCGGACUCGAGACGCCAGAGAUGAUCGAGCUGCGCAAGCGCAAGGUCGAGUCCGAGAUGGAAGGCGGCGAGACGCCGGCGCUAUACCAGGUGCUGCCCGAGCGGCGCAACGAGCGCGUCGGUGCCGCCAUGAUGGCGUCGACCCACACGUACGAGCUGCCGGGCCGGCGGCCGGCGGCCGGCGCCGGCGGCGAGGGCGUCGAGGUGGCGCUCGACCCCUCCGAACUCGACCUGGUCGACACGGACGCCAUGGCGCAGCGUUACGAGGAGCGCAUACGCGAGACCCAGCUGGAGAAGGAGGAUCUCAGCGACAUGGUGGCCGAACACGCCGCCAAACAGAAGAACAAGAGGAAGCGGCAACAGCAGCAGCAGGACGACAAGAAGUCCAAGAAAUACAAGGAAUUCAAGUUUUGAAGCCCUGGCUGGAUUCGCCUGUCUCUCCGUAUCACCAUCAUCCCCGGCUCACGGGACACACUGGGCUGUCUCCCGGAGACGCGCUCCCUCCCCAUUGCGGGCUGGGGGCUGAACUGCAUAUGUUGCCAAUAAACCGCCUCCAAAAACG